UUCAGCAUGAGGGAGGGAGGGGGAGAUUUGUUAAAGAGAUCUGAAAUAGAGAGGAAAGCAGUGAAAAACUGAAAACUGAAAAUUGAAGUUGGUCAAACUGUCAGAGUGGAAAAGAAAGCUAAACAGAAAAAGGCAAAAGAGGUCUGACUUCUCAUGCUCGUCUUCGGCGCUCCUUGAUUACCCGCCGCCGUGCGGACCAAGUCUCCAUCCCUUCUCAGUUCUCAUCUGUCGCGAGCUCGGCCGCUGGAAAGUGUUACCUGCAGGCGGGCUGAACUGACUCUAGACUUGAAAUCACAGCGCGGGCCGCCGUCUCUGUUGAAGUGUAUAUGCACUCGGAAAUGCUUUAGUGUAUUCAGCUAGUUCACCCUCUACGAGAAUUCCAUGGAGGGUGCUUCAUUGCUGCAGCGCUACCGUCGCGAUCGCAGGAAGCUUCUAGAGUUUCUGUUAUCGUCUGGCUUGAUCAAAGAAAUCCGAACGCCGUCCGGUUCUACUACCUCCGUCUCCAACGUUAACCUCGAUGCUCUCAGCAUCGAUUACGUUCUCGAAUGCAUUCAAUCCAGCCAUGUGGUAGAUGUAUCUAUAGCAAGCAAGAAACAUCGGGAAGAACUCCAACGUCCAAUAACGAUGCAGUCACACUUUGGAGGCUCAUAUUUUGUUCUUUCAGGUACAGAAACAGCUGGUUCUCCUCCCAGGCGGGUGCCGCCUCCUAUUGUAGCAUACCAAUUUAGUAAUCAUUCAUCAAUUGAUUCUGAUCUUCCAAGUUGUUUACCCGGUUACGAGUAUGGGUUAAAACAUGCCACUUCUGGAUCAACAAAAUCUGUUCCAAGGAAUCGAGACCAUAUCCCUAAAAUUGGAUUACCUACCUUACAUACAGGAUUAUCGGAUGAUGACUUGAGGGAAUCUGCUUAUGAAAUAAUCCUUGCUUGCAUGGCGCUUUCUGGGACUGGACUUCAUUUUAAUGGGAGUAGAAAGAAAGAGAAGAACUCUGGACUUCUGGCUGGAUUGAGGAAUAAAAAGGGUAAAAGAUACCUAAGGUCGGAUUCUCCUGGUAGACUUUCGCAGCUCAUUGAUAUUUUCCGAUCACAGAUGCAGAUCUCAGAAGCCAUGGAUAAUCUUACUCGACAACGUUUGGCUGCUUUUGCAGCAGAGAGAUCUUGGGGACAUAUUGAUGUUCCUCAGAUAAUAUUGGGAUUGUUGAAUGGUGUGCUCAAGUCCGAUUUUCAGAAUGAGAAGUCAUAUAUCCAAUGGAAGAGAAGACAAGCAAAUAUUCUUGAAGAACUUCUUUCUUCAGCUGAGUAUGUCAACGAUAAGAAGCAAUCAGCUGAAACUUUGAUUGAAAGAAUUAGAAAUCCUGAGGAUUGGGACACUAGGAUGUCUCCCUCCGAACGCUACGAAGUCUUAUCUGCUAUUAGGCAUAUUGCUCUGACACUAUCAAGUAUGCCACCCAAGUAUGGCAUUCGAGGUGAAAAUUAUUAUUGGAGUGCUGGUUAUCAGUUGAAUAUUCGGGUUUAUGAGAAACUACUUGUUGGUUUGUUUGACAUUCUUGAAGAGGACCACCUUAUUGAGGAAGCUGCUGAGAUCCUGAAGCUCCUCAAGUCAUCUUGGUCAAUGUUAGGCAUUACUCAGAAACUCCAUAAUUUGAUAUAUGCAUGGGUGCUUUUUCAACAGUUUGUUGCGACAGAUGAGGCAGUACUUUUAGACUACUCCAUUCAUGAAAUGCUUAAAGUUUUGUCUGCUGAAGAUGAGGAUCAUAUGGAAGAUAAAUAUAUAGAUGACCUAUUAUGUUUUACUACCUGGAAUGGCUGCCAAACUAGAUCAAGUUUCUUGCAAUCUGCUAUUUUCUCCAUUAGUAUCUGGUGUGACAGCAUGUUGCAGGAUUAUCAUCUGCAUUUUGCCGAGAAACCUCAUCUCCUUAAGGAGGUGAUGAACAUGCAGUUGAUGGUUGAAGCAUAUAGUUUUGAUUCAUGUGACAAGAACAAGGGGAUUAUCCUCUGGAACGCAAUAACAAAGGUCCUUCCCCUGAAGUGGUUUCACUAGUUUUCCAUUGAUAUCACUAGCAGUUCUAGUGGUUGCCUAUGCUUUCCUUUUGCUAUUUGUAGCAGUUUCAAACUAGCUCUACGUUCAAGUUCACAAAUGUUGAAGUUCUGGAUAGUAUUCGUUAUAGAAAGGUCAAAAAUUAUGUUGAAAGUUCGAUAGAAGCUGCUUGCAAGAGGGUAACUGAUGCCGUAAGUCUUGGCCGUACAAUAGACAGGACACAUCAUUUGACUUUGCUUGCAUGUGAGCUAAAAUUAAUUUCUGAGAUGGAGCUGACUCUGUUUUAUCCGAUCCUCCAAAAAUUCAUCCCUGAUGCUGGAAUUGUUUCUGCCUUGAAAUUGCACAAAACUUACGGGGAAAGAUUGGAACCAUUUCUCAAUGAUGUUUCAUGCCUUUCUGAAGGUGUCAGGGAGGUGCUUACUGCUGCUAUUCUAUUGGAAAAUCGCUUAAUUGAGCUUUAUACUUUGGGGAACAAAGAUAGCACACUUCAUUCCUCAUGCACCAAUGAAUUUGUGCAUUACAAGAUUGGUGAGGUUACAAGGCCAAUUAUUCUUGAUUGGGUAAUUGCUCAGCAUGCAAAAAUUCUGGAGUGGACUUGCCGCGCCUUUGAUCUUGAGGAUUGGGAACCCUUAUCGCAUCAGCAAAAGCAAGCAGCUUCUGCUGUGGAAGUUUUUAGAAUUACAGAGGAGACAGUGGACCAGUUGUUUCAGAUGGGGCAUCUAGUGGAUAUUACUCACUUACAGGCUUUACUGUCUAUAAUAUUUCACACUUUGGAUGCCUACUUGAAGAAACUGGUUAGCCAGUUAGUUGACAUGCAGGAUUUAUAUCCUCCAGUUCCUUCUUUGACGCGUUACAAUGAGACAACAUUUCCAAUACUUAAAAGAAAAUUGGCUGAAGCUGUGGUUCUUGAUGAUGGUGUGUACAACAAGUUGAAUCAAUUAACAAUAUCUAAACUCUGUGUCAGACUGAACACCCUUCAAUAUAUACAGAGACAAAUGACCACCCUCAAAGAUGGCAUAAGGAAGUCUUGGUCUACUAUAAGAGUUUUUGCAGAUACGAUAUGUUCUGAAGGAAAAUCACCCGAGCAUUCAAAUGGAAAUUCAGAUAUGUGUGACGAGUCAAUAGAUGAGCUUUUUGCAGCCACCUUCGAUUGCAUCAGAGACUCUGCUACUAAUGCUAUCCGAAUUACAUCUGAGCUUUUGGGUGCCAGAGUUGUGUUUUGGGAUCUUAGGGAGUCAUUUGUGUUUCAUUUGUAUCACAGCAGUGUGGAAGGCGCACGGCUUGAGAGCGUGCUUCCACAGUUUGACAAUAUUCUCAAUAAUAUUUGCGGUUUGAUUGAUGAUGCACUUAGAGACUUUGUUGUUUCACGUAUUUACAAGUCAUCCUUGGAAGGUUAUAUUUGGGUGUUAUUGGAUGGUGGACCUUCACGCGCUUUUUCUAAUUCAGAUGUUGCAAUGAUGGAAGAAGACCUCGGCAUGCUGAAAGAUUUGUUUGUUGCUGAUGGAGAAGGGCUUCCCCGGUCAUUAGUCACAGAGGAAGCAAAAGCUGCACAACAAAUAAUAAGCUUGUUUUCCCUCCAGUUGGACAUGGCUUCCGUCAGAGCGGCUUUAGGAACUUGGGUGAUGCCCAGACUUUAAUGCGCGUAUUAUGUCACAUGAAGGAUGCAGAUGCCUCAAAGUUCUUGAAGAGGCAUUAUAACCUUCCUGCGUCUUCAGAGUAUGAGGAAAAUGCUGUGGGGCAGUCGGUUUCUAGUUCACCUCUGCUGGCGGAUCUUAUAAAGAGAAGUGCGUCGCUUCGCUUCUCUGACAAUGGCAGCAGCAGUUUUAGUUCUAUAAAGAAAAAAUUUCUCGGAUCUUAGGCAGUGACUAACUCUUUCUGCCUUUUACACCCCAAGGGAUGAAACACUUUGAGAGAGAGAGAGACGUGGUUGCAGACAUUACCUAACAUAUUUCCAACCCCUGUGUCAUCCACACUUUUUGUUUUGUUCAUGAUGGCUGCUGCUGGUGAGUGAUGUGAUGAUGGUUGUCUUGCUCAAUGCUCUACUUGAAUGAUGCAUAUAGUUACAGACAAUGCAAUCGUUUUUCUGUGUUGUCAAAGGCUGGAUUACAGCAUCUGAUAAUCCAUAUACGGACUAUGAAAUAUAAUCCUGAAGAACGUAUCUGAUUUUGAUGAUUGAAGCAAUGAAUCCAAUGAUCAUCAGAUAUUUAUAUAUCUUUGAAGAAGUUAUGAUAGAUUUUUUUUCUCUGGGCGCUUGUUUUUUGUUAUUCAUAGUUUUAACCCAUAGAUGCCUGGUAUCCAAUAACUAUAGACUUAUAUUGAGAUGGGGAGAGCAUGUCUAAUAUAUGGAUUCCUUAUCUCGUAUAUUAGUGUUCGAUAAUGACAUUAUGUAAGCAACUAAUAUGUCAUUUAAUGUUGAUGAUUAUUUCAAUAAGAAACCUAUUUCAGUGGUGGUUGUAAUAUUUCAG